GUUUGGGGUUUAUCCGACGCUCCGAGGCUGAGACCUGCUGUGGUUUUUUUAUCCAUCAUUGAUCAGCCAGACAUGUGGAGCGUUGGUCAGCCUUUAUUCUGGUCGUUUGUUGGUCUGGAGGAGAUAACCGGCUGGAGGAGGAGCUGCUCGGCACGGCUCUAUUGUCUCCAGCCUCCCUCUCUUUGUGGCUGCAUGGGGUGAUUUAGUUAAUCUGUUAACUACUAAUGGUCUCCUCCCAGCCUUGUUUCUUGGACAAACACCCCGCGGGGGUCGAGGUGGAGCUCCUCAGACUAUAAAACCUUCUGGAGGAGGAUCAGCCCGCUGGAGAACUUCAGUCCUGAACUGUCCACACAUUCAACUCUAAACUUUUUCACCUCCAAUCCUCGGUUAAAUUUCUGCCAAGAUGUCCAGAAACCUGCAGCUGCUCUGCUUGUGUUUGUUCUUCUGCUGGACCGAGGCUCGGAUCUGGGCCUGGAUGCUGAACAUGCCUCACAGUCCUCCUCGAGAAGGAGGAAGAACCCUGAGAGAAAGUCCUGCAGUCACACCACUCACAGCCGUCUGUGAACACGACAGAGUUUGUGGUCGAGGGUUUUAUUGUGACCGUCACUUCGGUCUGUGUGUUCCUCUGAGAGCUGAAGGUUUUUACUGCCGGAGAGAUUCCCAGUGUGUCCGAGGACUCAGCUGCAUGUUUGGGAAAUGUCACCGCAGCGUUCCCACUGGACAUGAGGGUUCCAGGUGUAAGGUGGACAGGGACUGUGGUCCGUCCAUGUGCUGUGCUCGGCAUCACGGAGAGCUGGUCUGUAAGAGGCGUCUGGUGGACGGAGAGUCCUGCUUCGUUCCUGAUGGAGGUUUGGCCUUCAGCAUCAACCAGAUCUGUCCCUGUGAUGAAGGUUUACUGUGUCGGGAAAACGCCGGGAAACACCGCAGAGAGUGA